AUGUCUCAAAGGCAGCCUCAGUCACCUAAUCAGACUUUAAUUUCUAUCACAAAUGAUACAGAAUCAUCAAGCUCUGUCGUCUCCAACGAUACCACACAUAAAGGAUGGACCGGAGACAACUUUCCAGGAAUAGAAGCACUGUGUGCCAUCUAUAUCACUUAUGCUGUGAUCAUUUCAGUGGGCAUCCUCGGAAAUGCCAUCCUCAUCAAAGUCUUUUUCAAGACUAAAACCAUGCAAACAGUUCCAAAUAUUUUCAUCACCAGCCUGGCUUUUGGAGACAUGUUACUUCUGCUGACUUGUGUGCCCGUGGAUGCAACCCACUACCUGGCAGAGGGCUGGCUGUUUGGGAAGAUCGGUUGUAAAGUGCUUUCCUUCAUCCGGCUCACUUCUGUCGGUGUGUCAGUGUUCACGCUAACAAUUCUCAGCGCUGACAGAUACAAAGCAGUCGUGAAGCCACUUGAGCGACAGCCCUCCAAUGCUAUUCUGAAGACCUGCGCAAAAGCUGGUGGCAUCUGGAUCGUGUCUAUGAUAUUUGCUCUGCCAGAGGCUAUAUUCUCAAAUGUAUACACUUUCCGAGAUCCUAACAGAAAUGUGACAUUUGAGUCAUGUAACUCCUACCCUGUAUCUGAGAGGCUCUUGCAAAAAAUACAUUCUCUGCUGUGUUUCUUGGUGUUCUAUAUUAUCCCACUCUCGAUUAUCUCUGUCUAUUAUUCUUUAAUUGCCAGGACUCUUUACAAAAGCACCAUGAAUAUACCUACUGAGGAACAAAGCCAUGCCCGAAAGCAGAUUGAGUCCCGGAAGAGAAUUGCCAAAACAGUAUUGGUGCUGGUGGCUCUGUUCGCUGUCUGCUGGUUGCCGACUCACCUCCUGUACCUCUACCACUCCUUCACUUACGAAAGCUAUGAGAACCCCUCGGCCGUUCCUUUCAUUAUCACCAUUUUCUCUCGGGUGCUGGCUUUCAGUAAUUCCUGUGUGAAUCCCUUUGCUCUUUACUGGCUGAGCAAGACCUUCCAGAAGCAUUUUAAAGCUCAGCUCUGCUGCUUCAAGGCAGAGCUGCCUGAGCCUUCCCUUGGUGACACCCCUCUUACCAACCUCACUGUGAUGGGGCGGGUCCCGGGUACUGGGAGCACACAUGUGUCUGAAAUUAGUGUGACCAUGUUCAGUGGCUGUAGCGUGAAGAAGGGAGAGGACAAAGUUUAGCUUUUCCACUAAAAAAAAAAUGGUGAUUUUUUUAGUCUCAUUGAGUGUAUCCAGCUUUAAGGUGUGCAUAGUAUGGUGUCUGGGUUUUUGUUGUUUAUGAAUUGUUUUAAAGUUUUCAGAAUGAAUUAUCCCUGUAAGUAAAAGAGAAAAUGUCAUUUUCUUCAAGGUGCAAACAGCAAUGCCAUUUGGGCUUUCUAAAUACAAUGAAGCCCACCAAGUAGAGAAAAGCAGGUUUGAAAAUGCCAGUCAACUGUGAAGAACGCUGUAUAGGAGGGACGGUAAAUGAACAAGAGUUUAAUUGCAUCCCUCUUUUGUGAUGCUCCUCGUCUCUCACCUACUCAUGUGGUGGUCAUAAAAGUGUUUGUGCUCAUUGUGUGCUGUAAAUCUAGAGAUUCUACUCCGUGAGAUCAAAAAGAGAUAAAACAUCUCUCGUGGUGUUUUGUAACACACACACACA